ACACAGGAGACGAUGGCUGAACGUCAAGGAGACCCUCCUUCAGAAUCCGCUGACCACAAGCCUGAACCCAAGCAGGUGGCUGGAGAGAAUGCGACGUCGCAGAGCAACGCUGAGGAAGUUGCCCCCAAAGAUGCUGCGGCGACAGAACAGAAAGGCGGCGCGCAAAGCGGCAAUGAGCCUCCAAAGAACGAGCCAGAAAAGCCUGAGGAGCAGAAGGAAGAAGAGAACAAAGAGAAAAAAGAGGCAGAAGAAGAGAAGAAAGAAGAGAAAACUAAUGGAGAUGUAGGAGGAGAAGAGAAGAAAGAAGAGAAAAAUGAUGGAGAUGGAGGAGGAGAAGAGAAGAAAGAAGAGAAAAAUGAUGGGGAUGCAGGAGGAGAAGAGAAGAAAGAAGAGAAAACUAAUGGAGAUGCAGGAGGAGAAGAGAAGCAAGAAGAGAAAACUAAUGGAGAUGGAGGAGGAGAAGAGAAGAAAGAAGAGAAAAAUGAUGGAGAUGCAGAAGAAGCACAAGAAGAAGAGUCCUCUCCUCCAGCCAACAAAUACCACACCGUGAACUACAGGAAGAUUAAGAAAGGAUUCGCCAAGCAGAGGAUCAGUGCAUUCGAAACCCGGGACUUUGCGAAGUUGGAAGAGGAGGGAGAAUCUGAGGAGCAGAAGGAUGGAGCCACGACAGAAGAAGGAGCAGCUGCUAAUGAAGCUAAUCAAACGAACGGAGAGGCCGGAUCUCCUGAAAAUGGGACUUCUGAAAACAGCGAUGGACAGAAAGAAGGGCAGGAUGGAGAGAAAGAAGGGCAAGAUGGAGAGAAAGAAGGGCAAGAUGGAGAGAAAGAAGGGCAGGAUGGAGAGAAAGCAGGUGAAGAAGCAGGAGACGAGCAGGAGGACAAGAACAGCACAAAGGAUGGAUCAGGCAAGAACUCUGGUAUCUCCAAGUUCUUCACUGUGAGCUACAGGAAGAUCAAGAAAGGCAUCACGAGGCAGCGGGUCGACGAGUUCGAGUUCAUGGGUGUGCAGCAGUGAAUUCACACACACACA